AUGGAAAAUGUUUUUCAGUGUAAUGAAAGAUAUUAUAUUGAUAGAGAAAAGAAUAAAUGUAAUAAAUGCUCUGAACAUUGUCAAUAUUGUAAUUCAAAUGAAUGUAUUUUAUGUUAUAAUGGUUAUCAACUUCAAAAUAAAAAAUGUAUAUUAUAUAAAGAACCAUGUAAUUAUUUUAAAGGAGAUAUUUGUUAUAAAUGUCCUCUUGGAUAUUAUAAUAUAAAUGGUAUUUGUACUAAAUGUAAAGAAGGAUGUAUAAUGUGUCAAAAUAAUAAUACUUGUGAAAGUUGUGAUAUUGGUAAUGGGUAUUUUGGAACAAAUUGUUCAUAUAUUGAACAUUCAAAAAUAAUUAGUUCAAUAGUAAUUUGUGAAUAUGGAUAUUAUUAUAAUGGAAGCAUUUGUACACAAUGUGGAAAUAAUUGUGGAGAAUGUCAAAUAGAUUCAUAUGGAAUAAAAACAUGUUUAUCAUGUAUAAGUGAUGAAUAUUAUCUUAAUCAACAAGGAGAAUGUGUAUUAGGAAAAGAUAUUUGUUAUAUUAAUAAUUGGAAAUGUAUUUCAUGUAUUAAUCCAAAUGAAUAUUUUAAUGGAAUAAAUUGUAUUUCUUGUGGAGAUCAUUGUACUUUAUGUUCUACAAAUGGAAUUUGUGAAGGAUGUGAAAAUGGAUAUUAUUUACAUAAAGAAUUAAAUGAAUUAGACCAAAUUGUUUUUCAAUGUAAACCAAAUCCUAUUACUAAUUGUGUUGAUUAUAAUAAAGGAAAAUGUAUAUCAUGUACUAAUGGAACAUAUGCUAAUAAUUAUCAAUGUCUUCCAUGUCAUGUAACAUGUUUAAAUUGUGUAUUAAAUUCAAAAACAUGUUCGAGUUGUAUUUCAGGUUUUAUGCUUCAAGAAAAUACAUGUAUUAGUGCUAAACAAGAAAUUGAAUCCUGUGAAAUAUUUGCAUCAGAAAUAAAAGGAGAAUGUGCAAAAUGUAAAGAUUUCUAUUAUUUAAAUCAAAGUAUUUGUGAACGAUGUUCAAAUAAUUGUAAAAUUUGUAAUAAUUUAACGUCAUGUAUUGAAUGUGGUAUAAAUUAUUUUUUAAAUGAAACAGGAGAAUGUGAAUCAAUUUUUCAUUUAACAAAUUGUAAAGAAUUUGGAAACAAAGGAUGUAUUUAUUGUGACAAUAAUACUUAUCUUGAUGGAAUAAGGUGUGUUUAUUGUAAUAAUAUUCAACCAAAUUGUAAUAAAUGUCAUUGGGAAAGUGGGGUAUGUAUAGGAUGUAAAGAAGAAUAUAUAUUAUAUCAAGGCAAAUGUAUUCAUUAUUCAAUUAUUAAUCAUUGUAAAAUGGCAUCUAAUUCAAUAUGUACUAAAUGUUCAAUUUGGUAUAAACCAUCAAUAACAGGAAUAGAAUGUGAAAUUAAUAUAAAAUGGUGGAUAAUAAUUAUUAUAAUAUUUAUAAUAAUAAUAGGAAUGAUGAUAAUAUUAUUAAUUCUUU